AACUACUUGGAAGCCACGUACCUGAUCCUGCAUCGUCUUUUCAGAGUUUAUAAAAAUCGUGAGAAGCUUAAUUUUGGCAUAUAAAAUAUGCCAAAGUCUCCGUUGAGUGCGCCGAGCGGCAGUGACAGGCGAAAUAAAAGUUAUGACUGGGCGACGCGAGAUCGGCGUCACAAUUCUGGACAUCGAGGAGGUUAUGGAGGUUAUGGAGGUUAUGGUCAGUUCCAGGGCGAGAAGUACGAGUGUUUUGUACCCGGGCGAAACGACGCCUCGCCACAGAGUACCGGGGACGAUUUUAUACCCCUUGGAGUCAGCAGCCCGAUCGAUCAUCAUCAGAGAGGUAACGGAAGUUGGCGUGGACCAAGACGCGGUCGCGGAGGUUUCAAUCAGCACAGAAACAGCUUCAACCUCGACAGUCCCAGGACGAGUUUCAACGAUUCCAACUCUCCCAGGUUCUUUCAGAGGCAUCAAUUCUCACCGCGAGGGGUAAGGGAGCCUCGGCAGAAAAACGUGCAUAGGCAAGUAGACAUAGCGGCUUACGUCGAUGUCAAGUCAAUGCUGGAGGAUCCUUGGGCUGAUUUGAUGACGAAAUUAGAAACAUCGCAGUCCUUGUGCGGACCCAGGAAUGAUUCUACGAAUCUCGAUGCCAGCGGGAGUUCCUGCGGUAGUAUUUUAAUGGGCAAUCUGACCGUCGAUUCUAACGGCAAGAAUUCAAGUUCCGAAAGUCAAGAGUCCCAGAUUCUAGCUGCCCCUGAAAAAUCAGAAUCGAAAACAAUGCCAAGUUAGUAAAGUCUUAGCGGUUUAAUACCGUCGAAUGUAAAUACUUGAUGAGUUCGUGUAAAUAUUUUGGAAUAUGAAAAGAUUUUUUUUUCUUUUUCUCUUAAAUUUUCAACACUGACUAAUAAUUACGUGGGAUUCAUACUCACAACUUAUAUUGGUAAUGUUUUCUACUCUUCUCUGUGAAGCAGAUCCAUUAGGAUAUCAUAUCAGCAGUGCAACUACUUCCAGUAUGCUGAGAUAAAAGUAGGGAAAUGAUAUUACGAUAAUAGAAAAACAGAUAAUAUUCUCACUAUUCCUGGCUGUGAUGAUAAAUAACUGUUUCUACUCACAUUUAUGUGCAAUUUUAUUGUUUUUUUUUUUUUUACGGAUUUUACUAUCAACUGAGCCGUGAAACUUUUUUCUGGAAGGAUAAAAAUGACCCCAAUCGCAAAAUAUAUUCUACGAAAGAUUGACACACAAUUUGU